CGGCCGUCGCGGCGGAGCGGAGUGGGUGCGCGGUGCGGCGACACUCGGGAGUGGUGCUCGUCGGUCUCGACGAUAGGACUCGGGAGAGAAGUGUUGUGUGCACAGACGGAGGAGGUGGAGCUGGGCGCCGUCCUUCAGGACACUGAAAAUCGCCCCAGGCCACAGAUCCUCUGCGAUUCAAGACGCACAGUUUUCAGCCACUCAAGUUCAAGCACAUCACUGCCAUUGAAGACCGUUGCCUGAAUUGGUGCUCUAGGAACGGCCCAGACGUGAAGGUCUCGAUCUGAAUGUAGAGCUUACAGCAGGGGAGCCCAUCGACUUCGACUAUAAGUCAGGUCACGGAGAGGACCGAACGCCUGCCGGCACGGGACGGUAGCGUCGCCGAUCAGCAGGCCACAGCGGAGCAUGGGCUGCGUCGAUGGACCCGCCGCCUCAAACGCCGGAGCUGCUGGAAUCGCUCUACUCGCAGGUGUCGCACCUGGACUCGGUGCUCAGCUCGCUGGAGGGUCAGAUCCAGGUGCUGGAGGCGGUGCAGCGCUCACUGCCGCGGCCCACGCACGGCGGCUCUCAGCACGACUCGGGCACGGACGGCCACGAGCCCGACAGUCUGGAGGCCAUGCGCACGGUGCUCUCUGAGGGGCCGGAGCCGACGCCUGGCCGCCGCGCGGCGCCCUGCUCCCCGCACCCGGCGGAGCUGGAGCCGGCCGUACUGCUGCACCUGGAGCGGUGCGCGCACAGAAAGACCCGCCGACAGCUGCAGCUGCUCCAGAACAACGCCAGGUCGUAUGACUCGAGCGGCCGGCAGCGGGUGACCAGCCAGCCGGAGUCGCUGCACGGCGGCUCGGAGGGCAGUCUGACCGGCUCUCUGGAGACGCUGGCCUCGCUGGCCAGCUCUGACCGACUGCUGGAUGAGCUCAAACUGCGCGAGAUGACCAUCGCCCAGCUGCGCGGCCGUGUGCUUCAGCUGGAGAGAGCGCGGCUCGACAACAUCCCGCUCGACCCGGCCCGAGAGAUCUCACGGCUCCAGAGCAGCGUGGUGCAGCUGGAGCGGGUGCGGGACGAGCUGACCCUGCAGAACUUCUCGCUCAAGUCGAAGCUGUCCGAGUUCACGCAGCAGCUGAGCAGCUCUGGCGUGCAGUUCCGGCUGGACCAGCAGCCGCCGGCGGGCGGCCGGCGCCCCGCAGCCGGCUCCGACUCAGGGGCCGGCGUCGGAGGGCGGAGAGGCGGCUCCGAGCACGACGCCGAGCAGCAGCGGCGCAUCGGCGAGCUCGAGACGCAGCUGCACAACCAGCGCAACGAGCUGGAGCAGCUGCGCGCCGACUCUGCCCAGCUGCGGGCGCUGGAGGCGCGCCUCGAGGAGAGCCUCAGCCGGCGCGAGACCACAGAGCGGUACCUGGCCUCCAGGCAGGAGGAGCUCACCGUGCUGAAGCUGGACCUGGAGACACUGCAGGAGGAGAACACCCGGCUGAAGGACGACCUGAGUCGCGUGCUGCGCCAGGAGGCCGAGCACAGCAGCCGCCUGGUGCGGCUCAGCGACUGCGAGUCGGAGCUGGGCCGGCUUCAGGAGGAGCGCCGGCUGCUGGCCGACUCGCUGCAGCGCGAGCGCACGCUGCGCAAACAGUACUUCAACCAGAUGGAGGAGCUGAAGGGCCGCAUCCGGGUGUUCUGCCGGCUGCGGCCGCUGAGCGAGCCCGAGCGGCGCCAGGGCGGCGCAGCGCCCAUCGACUGCGCCGACCCGUACACGCUCUGUGUCGGCGGCGACAAGGGCCAGCGAGAGUUCCAGUUCGACCGCGUCUUCACCGAGGACACCAGCCAGCAGCGCAUCUUCGACGAGGUCGAGUCCCUGGUGCAGUCGAGUAUGGACGGCUACAACGUGUGUAUCUGCGCCUACGGUCAGACCGGCUCCGGGAAGACGCACACGCUGCUGGGAGACGAGCAGGCGCCGGGCGUGGCGCCGCGCGCCUUCCGGCGGCUCUUCGAGCUGGCCCAGGCGCGCGCGGCGCAGACCAGCUGCGCCAUCAGCACCUACAUGCUGGAGCUGUACAACGACCGGCUGGUCGACCUGCUGGCGCCGGCCGGAGCGCGAGCAGACGAGAAACUCGAGGUGAAGAAGGACCGCCGGGGCACGGUGGUGGUCUCGGGCGCCGCGCUGCUGCCCUGCCAGGACGCCGCCCACCUGCAGCUGCUGUUUGAGCGCGCCGUCGGCGCCCGGCGCACUGGCGCCACGCGCAUGAACGCGGCCAGCUCCCGCUCCCACCUGGUCAUAGGCGUCACCGUGGAGGCCACCAGCCGCGUCAACGGCGCCGUGACGCGCGGCAAGCUGAGCCUGCUGGACCUGGCCGGCAGUGAGCGAGCCGCCAAGUCGGGCGCCGACGCCGACCAGCUGCGGGAGGCCAACGCCAUCAACAAGUCGCUCUCGGCCCUAGCGGAUGUCAUCUCGUCACUGGCGGCCGAACAGAGCUUCGUGCCUUACCGGAACAGCAAGCUGACGAUGCUGAUGCAGGACAGUCUGGGCGGCAACGCCAAGACGCUGAUGUUCGUCAACAUCUCCCCGGCGCAGUACAACCUGGACGAGACGCUGACCUCGCUGCAGUACGCCUCGCGGGUCAAACAGAUCACCAACUCGGCCGCCCGAAACGCCGACAACAAGGAGAUCACCCGACUCAAAAACGUAAUCGCCAAGCUGCGACAGCGGGUCGACUGCGGCCAGCCGAGUCUGGAGGAGCGUGACGAGGGCUGACGCGGCGCCCCCGGGCCCCGCCCGAUCCCGGCGACUGGCCUGGGUGAACCAAAGAUAUAUUCUGCCACCGCUGAGCGGUCUUCAGCGGGUGUGUUUGAGGACAAAGGACCGAGAUGGUGCUGCCCGUGUGCGGUAGCUCGCUGUGUGCCUUCAUGUGAUGAUAAAGCUGUCUACUGUGUGGCCACGGAUGUGCGUGUCUCAGAUGAUCUCGUCGCUUCAAUAUACCGUCGUGAUGUUCGA